CAUCAGCACCAGAUCACAAGCCUGUCGGAGGCCAGCGAGCUGUGCGGAUAAAUGUGAAAGUGCAUUUGUGUAAACAGAUCGAUGCGACCGCACUCAGGUCAGGAGAGCUUUUGGACAGAAAGACAAAGGAGUCGGGAAGGUUCAGAUCCGCAAGCACGACGCCCUACGCGCCAAAAAAAUUUUUAAAAAAAUAUUGUUUAUGACUGCGAGGGCGUCUGUGGUGAAAGACGUGGCAGACUCCGCAGCGAGGGAGAGACUGAGAGAGACCCUUGUGGACGCACACUUAUGAGGUGUUUUAUCUUUGCACCACAACGCAACGGAAACGGGGUGUGAAAGGUGGGGGGAAGAAACAGCGCCCUUCUGGAAACGCGUCGAGCACCCCCUUCUUUCUGCAACUCCGCUGCGUGAGGAGGGGGAGGAAGAGGAGAAGGCGGAGGAGGAGGAGGCGACGUCGGCGGCAAUCUCGGCCGGCCCCCUCCCAGCGCCGCCCAUCCGCCCCCACCAGGCCGCGGAGGAUCGACGCAUCCUCGGCGUCUUUCUACCUCGCGCUCGCCGCCGCUUCGCCGCGCGCUUUUUGAGGCGGCUGCGCCUGAGUCGCGGCGGCCUUUGGCACCGGCCGGCCCAGCUGAGGGGGCCUCGGCAGCGCUUGGGAAUGGGGCGCCGCAGCUGUUGCUCUUGCUUCAUCGCGGGACGUCCCUUCUGGCAAGGCCGCGAUGUUUUUGGUCGCCGCCGCCGCUUAACCGCCGGGUAAAAGGAGACCACCGCCGUGCAAGAGAACAGCUCGCGCCUUCCUCAGCCCCGGCGCCUUCCUCGGCUGCGGCGGCGAUGAGCGAGCGGUCGCGUCUUCAUCCAGCGAAGCAGGGAAGGCGCAGCUCUCCCUCGACCUUCGCCCGCCGGCGGCGCCUCCUCCGCCUCGCCGCGCUCAGUUCGCUGUAGACGCCGGGCGGCGAUGUGGAGCUCCGGGGCCGCCGCGUUGCAGCUGCUCUCGCGGGCGACCAAGCACGCCUUCGCUCAGGGAGCCCGGCAAGACCUGAACCGCUGGCUGCAGCCUCUGGGAGCCGCGGGCGAGCCGGCGGAAGCGGCGAGCCGAGGGGCGUCCGGCGAGCCGCUGCUGUUCGGGGAGCAGAACGGGCUGUAUCACUGCCCUCCGCCUCAUCCUUCUCAGGAACCGUCGGUGGAGCUCCUGCUCUGCCAGCUGCCCGAAGCGGGACACGGUUUGGGGGAAAGCAGGACGUGGCACUGCUCGGGAUGCCUGCUGGGCACCUGCUGGUGCAAGAGUUGCCUGAGCGCCUGUUUCCUGGCGAUGUUCUGCUUCGCCUCGCUCGCCUUGAUGCGCCAGUACCUGCGGGACCUGAUGCUCUGGGCCGAGAGCUUGGACAGCCUGGCCGGCGUGCUCCUCUUCACCGUGGGCUUCAUUGUGGUGUCCUUUCCUUGCGGCUGGGGCUACAUCUUACUCAACGUGGCCGCCGGCUAUCUCUACGGCUUCGUGCUGGGCAUGGGUCUCAUGGUUCUGGGUGUCGUGAUCGGCACCUUCAUCUCCCACGUGGUCUGCAAGAAACUCCUGGCCCGAUGGGUGCUGGCGAGGAUCCAGGGCAGCGAGAAGCUCAGCGCGGUCAUCCGCGUUGUGGAAGGAGGAAGCGGCCUCAAGGUGGUGGCCUUGGCUAGACUUACACCGAUACCCUUUGGACUUCAAAAUGCACUCUUCUCUAUCACAGAUCUUUCACUACCAAACUACCUGAUGGCUUCUUCCAUUGGAUUACUUCCAACUCAACUUUUAAACUCCUACUUGGGAACUACCUUGCGCACUAUGGAAGAUGUUAUUGCAGAACAAAGUUUUAGUGGUUAUUUCAUUUUUAUUUUACAGAUUGUAAUAAGUAUAGGCCUCAUGUUCUAUGUUGUCCACCGAGCUCAAAUGGAAUUGAAUGCAGCCAUAGUUGCAUGUGAAAUUGAAAUGAAGACAUCACUUGUGAAAAGCAGUCAGAUCAGCAGCAACAAUUCAACAUCUUGCAACAAGAGGACACUUGCAUUUUCUGGAGGAGGAAUCAACAUUGUGUGACUUUCUCUCAUUUUCUGCAGUAUUAUCUUACGUUUGUGAAACUGGGUCAUUUAAUUUGUUGCUUACGACUGCUGGACUUUUCAGCAAAACUUACAAACCAAGUGGCCGGAAGAUGUACUGUGAUAAGAAGUACGUGGCAGUUUUUAUAUAGUAAACUGGCUAAAUUUUUGUAGGGUUCAAUAGUAACUGUAUACAUAGAUGCAAAUCUGGCUGCACCUUUGUCUUUAUUAUCAUGACUUAUAGUCUGCACUUUAGACUUUGUUCGAUGUUUGCUUUUAUAAACUGAAGAAUACCCUGAUACAAUUUUCUUUCUGCUUAGCAUUAUUUAUAAGACUGACUAAUAAAUGGUAGAUCUUUAAUACUUAUAAAAAUGUAAAGUAUGCAACUUCAUGUGCAGAACUCUUAAAUAUGCGUGUUUUUGAAACUCAGUGAAACCUUGAUCUAACAGUGCAGUUUGCAGAAUGGACUUUGCUCCUUCUGAAUGCCCAUGAAACUUCUAAUUAUAUCAUUCCAGGUGAUUUAGCUAUCUGAACAAAUAAUGUACACUGCCAAAAAUGAUGUAAUACUUGUUGAAAAUUACAGGCCUCCUUUUGAUUAUCUUGGAUGGAAAAUUCUUCUCCAUUAAUUGGGAGAAAAUGUAGAGAGAAAUUGAUUCACUACACCUGAAGUCUAUUAAACAGGUAUCCACUAAAUUCAGGUUUCACUGUAUUUCUGAAAAAUACAUUCUUUUUUUCAGAAUUGAGAACAAUCAAUGCAGGAAAAUCCCAUUUUUCAUAGCUGGGAGGAUAAGAUGAGCACUUCCUCAUGAGAAAGCUGUUCUGGAAUCCAGAGUAAUCUUCUUGUUUGUAACAGGUUAAAGGACAGAUCCACACUUCUCUGGGGUUACCCCCUUAAAAAAAGGGGGGGGCAUUUUUUCUAUUUUGGGAACUAUUUGGUUUCCUUACCUUGUUUUCUUAAAAAGUCUGAGAACUGAGAGACAGAAAACCCCUUUCAUAAAUCUUUAGUUGAAUGUAUUUUUGUAAGCCUCUGAAAUGUUCUGGAGCCAUCACAAAUGUUCACAUAAGUUCAAAUCCUACAUUGUGGGACUGAAGUGCUCUUAUAUAAUAUGUUAAGUUAUACUGUAUAAUAUGCAAAGUAAAAGAGAAACUACAGAGUACUUACAGAUUGUGGAAAAGAGUAGUGUGAAGGAGAAUUUGCAGGUGAAAUGCAAAUCUUUGAAGGGAUUUAUCUUUGUGAGUAACAACAAAAGGGCUCUUCCACUAUUUCUAACUAGCUGUGAAAAGAUUUUAGGAAACUAGAUCAGAUUUGCUUCAUUCUGCACUCUGUAACAUGAGCAAAAUAGAUGGAAUAAACCUUUCUGAAAACAUAAUGAUACUAAUUAAUCAUGUGGCCUUUAUUUUUUAGAGAAGCUUUUUGGUUUUUCUUUUUUGAAAAGCUUUAAAAAUCCACGCAAUUCCUCCCUACAUAUAUUUUCUUCUGAUCAUAAAAUAAUGCUCUUAUAUAAGUUUUCUGCAGUAUUUUAAGAUUUCUAUCUAUAAGGAUGUGUCUCUUUCUUUCCUUCCUUCUUUCCUUCCUUCCUUCCUUCCUUCCUUCCUUCCUUCCUUCCUUCUUUCUUUCUUUCUUUCUUUCUUUCUUUCAAAAUUAAGAAAAAAAUAGAUUUUCCAUCUUUAAAACAUUGACUAGGAAAUGGCAGAAAUGUCUUGAGGCUCAGGAAUCUGUAAACAUUUUUAAAAGACAAUUUCAUAAAAUAUGUUAAAUUCUCUUAAGAAAAUCACUAACUUUGUUCUGUAGGUUUGAAUGAACUGGAAUAAGCAUAACUUGCUUAUGUGUAUUCAUAUCAUAUUUCUUUAUAGAUUGCAUAUUUGUAUGCCUGAAUGAGAAUUCAGAAAGAUUCUUCAUAGCCAUUUGAAUCAACUCAAAACUUUGAAUUCUGUUUCAUUUUUGUCUGAACAAUAGAGUCCAUUUCUGGGCUCUUACAACAUCCCUUCCAUUUCAUCCUAGUUUUUUGUCACGAUGCAAUGACCUGUGAAAGUUUUAGACUCUUAAUUACAAUACAAAAUCUGGCCAUUGACUUCAGCAAGUUUGUUUUGUGUUGAGGUAAAUAGUUUUCAAAUUUAUUGUGCAGAAUAAUAAUCUGCUUGUACUCUACCAUAUUUGUUAAAUAGUUGAAUAGGUAACUAUGCCAUAUCCCCACAUAGCUUAAAAUAUUUCAAUAUUUCAAAUUUAGUGAUAAAUAUGGAACUAUUGGCAAGAUCUUGCUUGGGAAAUUUGGUGUUGUUCUACCAUUGAAUUGUUUUUGUUACUUGAAAAUUGGAAGUUUGGCUAUUAUUUUAUGACACUUUGAUAGUGAAUGAUUGCUGAUCCCUUUAUUACUGUGGCUUUCAUUUGAAAAGUAAUACCAAUAGGCACUGUAACUUUGAUGUUACUUCACCCAAGAUUUUAUCAAUAUUUGUUAUUCUGUGAUCUCCUUUGUUAACAACAAUAAAGGAAUCUUUGCAAAGCUA